CCUGGCGCUGGCUUUUAUUUCGCCGCCGAAGAAGAGCGCGCCUGGUCUUCCUGGAUUUGACCGAGGAGAGAUGUCUGACCUCUGGCAGGAAGCAAUGGACCACGCUGUGGCCGUGGCCAGAAAAUCAGGAGAGAUGGUACGGGAAGCUCUGCAGAAUGAAAUGAAAGUGAUGUGUAAAAGCACCUCGGUGGACCUGGUGACCAAAACUGACCAGAAUGUGGAGCAGCUGAUUAUCUCUUCAGUCAGGGAGAAGUUUCCCACACACAGUUUUAUCGGGGAGGAGUCAGUAGCCGAUGGUCAGCCCUGUGUUCUGUCUGAAAAUCCCACCUGGAUCAUCGACCCCGUGGACGGAACCACCAACUUCGUACACGGAUAUCCGUUCAUCGCCGUGUGUAUCGGGUUUGCGGUGGAGAAGACGUUGGAGUUUGGUGUGGUGUACAGCUGUGUAGAGGAUAAGAUGUACACUGCACGCAGGGGGAGAGGAGCGUUCUGUAACGGAGAACCUCUCCAAGUCUCCCAUCAGAAAGAUGUUAAUCAGUCGCUCAUCGCCACCGAGUUCGGCUCAAACCGAGAUCCUGCAGUCGUCGACAAGAUCUUCUCCAACAUGAGGAAGAUCCUCUGUCUACCAGUGCACGGGAUGCGUGGUGCGGGAUCUGCUGCACUGAACAUGUGUCUGGUAGCGUCCGGUUGCGUGGAGGCGUAUUACGAGGUCGGGAUCCACUGCUGGGACGUAGCGGCCGCCGCGGUCAUCGUGCAGGAGGCAGGAGGAGUUCUCAUGGAUUUAGAGGGCGGACCCAUGGACCUGAUGUCCAGAAGAAUCGUCGCUGCAAAUAACCAAACCAUCGCUGAGAAGAUAAUUAAGGAGGUGGAGGCGUUUCCUGCUGUCCGGGACGACGCCCCUUCAGAGAAUCAGCAAUGACCAGUUUAUUUAUGAUCCAUUUUUUUCCCUUUUAAGAGUUUAUACUUUCUGCUUUUAUACCCAGUCUUAAAAAGUUUACAGAUUUGAGAGACUUCCAA